CCAGAAGUGACGUUCGUUAUUUCCCGAUCUGGCAAAUCGUAACAUAAAUCAUGAGAUAUAAAAUGACAUACAGAUCAGCCCGUUUGUUAUCUCUGCAGACGACAAGAAUGUGAUAAUAAAAUUAAUAUUAUAAGAGAGAUAGCAUUGGUACAUUUUGGCACGAACAAUGAAUAACAAGGACUGUCUCAUUGUGCUAUAUUGUACGACCUAGAAAGAAACUAACAACAACAAUGCUUUACAGAAUAUAAAAGGAUAUAGUGUAGGACCUAUCGCCGCAAUUCUUAUGCACCAACACCAAAAUGUUAGCAGCAACGGUAAACACUUUAGUGCCGCGUUUGAGACUUCAGUACAACAAACCAAAGAUCGAGAAUUUCGUAUUCCAACUACACUAUAAAGCAACGGUGACGCUGCUACUGGCCUGCGUGAUCUUGGUCUGUGCAAGAGAGUUUUUCGGGGAACAUAUUAGAUGUAUAUCGGACGAGGGUGUGCCACCUAAUGUUCUACAAACUUAUUGCUUCUUUAUGGCUACGUUCACAAUCGUCAGACACUACAACGAGACUCUCCUUCAGCGUGGAGCGCUACCCCACCCGGGGGUGGGUCCGAUAUUAGAUUCCGAUGAGACUCUCGUCCAUACUUAUUACCAGUGGGUGCCGUUCGUCCUAUUUCUACAAUCCCUAUGCUUUUACACGCCUCAUUAUAUUUGGAAAAACAAGGAAGGUGGCCGGAUAAAGGCCCUAGUGGACGGCCUGCAGUUUGCCAGAUUGGCAAUCGAAGACGAAGAUAUGACGGUUAACGGAAAAACGGUGCCAUCAAAAAGUUCACUACAAAAAACACUUACUAAUAUCAGGACGGACAUUAUUCUCAGAUUGCGUAUAAGUCGUGCGUGGUCAACAUGGCUGGUGGCGAUGGAGGUGGUCAACCUGCUGCACGUGAUUCUACAGAUCUGGCUUAUCAACAAAUUUCUUAACGGGCAGUUUCUCUCUCUCGGCCCGUGGGUCCUCAACGCCUCUAAUUGGAAUCACAUUGCUGAUCCUCUUGAAACUGUUUUUCCGAAGGUAUUACCAGGUUUCUUUUAUUUCUUGUCUGUUGUCAUUUAGAGAUAUAUUGAAAUUGAAGUUCGAAUUCA